GCGAGAUCGAGUGAGCAAUGGAAUUCGAAUUGUAGCGACGGUGUUCUGGUUCAUGUGUUGUUAACUUGAUAUUUUAUAAAUGGAAGUAGAAUCCAGAUGCUUGUUUUCGUCCUCAAAUAGCGAAUUUCUAAGGCUCAACAACGUGCUUAAGCCAGGCUGUGCUUGGUCCUAGGCCCCAGACAUCUAAAGCCCUCACCACCCUAACAUGACUGUAUGGAACUCCUCAUUUUGCAGUGAAAGGAUUCUGUUAAUCAUGUUCAGCUGCUUCCUGUAUGAGUAAGAUAUGGUGUAAAGAUAAUUUCUGAAGUGCUGUUGGAUAGAAAGAACAACCAAGAUAAGUGCAUAAAAUUCUAUGGACCCAUCUAUAGUGAAGCUUCUGGAAGAUGACGAGGAUGAAAGUAUGCAUUCAGGAGCAGAUGUGGAAGCAUUUCAGGCUGCAUUAAAUAGAGACAUAGGAGGAGAUACUUCAACUUCUCAGCUGUCUGGUUCAGACACAGGAAGCAAUAAUUCAUUGAGCCAGUCGUUACCGAAGUGGCCAACUUCUAGCCAUGACAACCAAAGUGACUGUCAUAAUCAAGAGCCUAAAGUUGUGCAGCACCAAGAGCAACGACAUUCAUCUGAAAUGGAGCAGAAGCCACAGCAACCUCUUGUUGAACAACUACAUAAUGUUGCUUCCAAGGAUGCGAUUAAUCUCCCUUCGUCUCAGAAACAAUCUCAAGAUGAAAGUGUUCAAGGCCAUACUGUACAAGCUCCCCACCAAAAUUCUCAAACAAAUGGAAUUCAGAAUUCUGAAAAAGAUCCUGUCUUCAACCAUGAGGCAGUCAACACACAUAAUUCCAAUCAUGGAUCUCAGUAUGCAAAGCUGCAGCAGAUGAGUAAUCAACAGGCCACCGUCAAUGAACAGCCUGGAAGUCAGGUCAAUCGGAAUAAACAGGUACCAUUUGCCAUGUUGCUCCCUAUGUUGAUUCCCCAGCUUCCCAAAGACAGAGCCAUGCAACUUCAAACUUUAUUUAAUAAAUUGAAGAAAGAUGAAAUGCCCAAAGAUCAGUUUGUGCGGCUUAUGAAAGGUAUUGUAGGGGAUCAGAUGCUUAGAUUAGCAUUAACAAAAGUGCAAUUACAGACAAGAUCCAACCCAGGACCCGCUGGGCAGCAGCAUCCUCCUGUAAGGAUGCCAAAUGUUAAUUCAGGUGCAACAAAAUUUAAUGAUCCCCAUGCAUUAGCACAGCUGCAUCAGAGAAGUAUGAAUGCCGCUGCAGAUCAAUCUAAUAAUACUUCUUCAGCCGUCCAAGUAAAGAAUGAACCAACCUAUCCAACUAUGGAAAUUAAUGCUAAAAAAUCUCAGAAACUGGAUGUUCAAGUAGAAUCUGAAGGAGUGCAACUAAAUCAGUUACCAUCAUCCAGUUCUAAUGCUGUUAGUCAAGAAAUGGAAAGAUCCUCACUUCACUUACAAGGCCUUAAUAAGGAGCAACAACAGCAUCUACAUUUCCCUUCAGCAUAUGGUAGCAGUGGUGGUAAUUAUAACCCUUUUUCGGGCUCAACCAGUAGUUCCACAUCAUCUCUCAGACCACAACCUCUUGAUUCACACAUGAGGCAAAUUCCACAUCAGAGCAUCAGUCCAAACCAAUUAGGUGGGACAACACAGGGUUUGAUUGGUUUAACAAAACUUGACCAGCAAAAUUCUUUCAAUGAUCCCAAGAGAAUGCCUGGUGGAUUUGUGUCCCCUAUGGUAAACAAUACAGCAUCACAACUAACUACAAAUUCUUGGCAACCAUCAGCAAACAAAGAACAAAAUUCAGCCUCGUUUUCAUCUGUUCCAUAUGUAAAAAAGGAGCCUAAUGACCUGUCUACAGAGCAGCAACACAGGCAUAAUGUGUCUAAUCAAGGCACCCUAAAGGAGGAGUUUUCAAGAGGCCUUCCAGCAUCCACAAGUAUGCUGCAUACAACAUCUUCUAGCUUGCUUCCUCUCAAUUCUUCUUCCCCUUCUGUAUCUCAACUUGACCCCAGUGCCACUUUAAGCUCUCAGAUCCCAUCAAAUACAUCUGUUAUAAAUGCAAGGACACCUCUGAAAAAACCUUCCCCUGGCCAGAAGAAACCAAUUGAAGCACUUGGUUCUUCACCUCCUCCUCCAAGUAAGAAACAAAAAGUGUCUGGGGCAUCUCUCGAGCCAAGCAUUGAACAGCUUAAUGAUGUUACUGCUGUUAGUGGUGUUGAUCUUAGGGAGGAGGAAGAACAAUUAUUUUCUGGGCCCAAGGAGGACAGUCGAGCUUCAGAAGCAUUUCGCAGAGUUGUGCAAGAAGAGGAGGAAAGACUGAUUUUGCAGAAAGCUCCAUUGCAAAGAAAAUUGAUUGAGAUUAUAACUGAGUGUGGCUUGAAGAGUAUGAGUGAUGAUUUGGAGAGAUGCUUGUCAUUGUGUGUGGAGGAAAGAAUGCGAGGAGUAAUAAGUAAUGUGAUUAGAAUGUCAAAACAGCGGGUUGAUUUGGAGAAGACAAGACAUCGGACUGUUGUCACUUCAGAUGUCCGGCAGCAAAUCCUAACAAUGAAUAGGAAGGCAAGGGAAGAAUGGGAGAAAAAACAGGCUGAAACAGAGAAGCUGCGGAAACUAAAUGAUGUAGAUUGUAAUGCUGGGAUUGAUGGUGACAAGGAGAAGGAUGAGGGUCGCACUAAAGCAAUGAAGGUGAACAAAGAAGUGGAUGACAAGAUGAGGACAAAUGCUGCUAAUGUUGCUGCCCGAGCUGCUGUUGGGGGAGACGACAUGCUGUCAAAGUGGCAACUUAUGGCUGAGCAAGCCAGACAGAAGAAACGUGGAGGGGGAAUGGAUGCUUCAUCUGGUUCUCAGCCAGCUAAAGAUGUGAGCCACAGAUCUUCAUCAACAUCUGGAAGGAGUACAAAAGAUAAUCAAGCAAGGGAGAAAAAAGGUCCAACUUCUGGGGCUGGUAGAAAAUUUGGGAGAAGUCAUGCCACAACACCUCAAACUAGCAUAGCUCGAAGCAUAUCUGUCAAGGAUGUGAUUGCAGUCCUGGAGAGGGAACCCCAGAUGUCCAAAUCAUCACUCUUAUAUCGAUUGUAUGAGAGAAUUCAUUCUGACACCUCAACUGAAUAAGCUUAAAUUUCUGUAGAUAACGUGAUGUACAUCAGCAGGUGUGUGAAAAAGAUUUGUUACACAUUCAGUGGAAGGAGACCUUAAAUUAAUUUUUCUUCCCUUUUGAGUUUUAACAAACAUUACAAUUUCUCCUAGAGGUGCCCAACUGGACGUAAAAUGCUUGUUUCACAAUAGUCAUCCCUCAUAUCUCUGGAAGAAUCGCAAUGUGUGCUAGCAGAGAAUGAGAUGGGACUUAAUAUAAUCGGAUGGUCGAAAUUGUGUAGAUGUCAGUAAAAUUACGUGUUUAAAUGUAUGUAUGUAUCUUGUAUUAUUCCAACUAUUUAUUUUUUAGACGACUUUUGAUCUACAUUUCUAUACAUUUUAAGGCAGGGAAUGAACCAAGCUAGCUUGGGAAGUACUAACCUUUAUAUAGCACGGUUCAGCAGAUUCAUAAGCUGGAGAUUUGGCUUGUUUAUUAAAUGGAUCGAGUUUUAACA